CGCCUCCCGCCUACACCACCACCACCUCCUUUCUUCCUCUCCGCCCAUCGACAUCGCCAGAAGGAGACGGAAAUAGCCUGCUUCGAUCCCUAACCGAAUUUUAUUCCCUCUGCAUCUCUCCAUCACAUAAUCGCCAUGUCGUUCGGAGGGCAAACCCCGACAAUCAUUGUCCUGAAAGAAGGCACCGAUACUUCUCAGGGCAAAGGUCAGAUCAUCUCCAACAUCAAUGCCUGUCUCGCUGUCCAGGCCACCAUCAAGUCUACGCUUGGCCCCUACGGUGGUGAUUUGCUCAUGGUCGACCAGAAUGGCAAGCAGACCAUUACAAAUGAUGGCGCUACCGUCAUGAAGCUUCUCGACAUUGUCCACCCCGCCGCCCGAGUCCUCGUCGAUAUUGCCCGAUCGCAAGAUGCCGAAAUUGGUGACGGUACUACCUCCGUCGUGGUCCUCGCCGGCGAGAUCCUCAAGGAGGUCAAGGAAUACGUUGAGCAGGGAUUCAGCUCUCAGGUUAUCAUCAAGGCUCUCCGAAGAGCCUCCCGCAUGGCUGUCAACAAGAUCAAGGAGAUUGCCAUCAACACUUCCGAGAGCAACCAGCGCGAGACCCUCGAGCGAUUGGCCGCCACCGCCAUGACUAGCAAACUGAUCAAGAGAAACACCACAUUCUUCACCAAGAUGGUUGUCGAUGCCGUUCUCUCCCUCGACCAGGAAGACCUCAACGAAAAGCUCAUUGGAGUUAAGAAGAUCCCUGGCGGCUCACUCACCGAUUCCCUCUUCGUCAACGGUGUCGCCUUCAAGAAGACCUUCUCCUACGCUGGUUUCGAGCAGCAGCCCAAGGCAUUCAAGAAGCCCAAGAUUGUCUGCCUCAACGUCGAGCUCGAGCUCAAGGCCGAAAAGGACAAUGCCGAAGUCCGUGUCGAGCAGGUUUCGGAAUACCAGGCCAUCGUCGAUGCCGAGUGGCAAAUCAUCUACAAGAAGUUGGAGGCUAUUGCCAACACUGGCGCCAAGGUUGUCCUCAGCAAGCUGCCCAUUGGUGACUUGGGCACCCAGUACUUCGCCGACCGCGACAUUUUCUGCGCUGGCCGCGUCGCCUCCGAAGACAUGGAGCGUGUCGUCCAGGCCACCGGUGCCGUUGUUCAGUCUACCUGCUCCGACAUUCUCCCCGAACACCUUGGAACCUGCGGUAUCUUUGAGGAGCGCCAGAUUGGUGGUGAGCGCUUCAACUUCUUUGAGGACUGCCCCGAGGCCAAGACCUGCACACUUGUCCUCCGUGGUGGUGCUGAGCAGUUCAUCGCCGAGGUGGACCGUUCGCUUCACGAUGCCAUCAUGAUUGUCAAGCGCGCUGUCAAGAGCCACAUGAUUGUUGGUGGUGGUGGUGCUACUGAGAUGGAUGUUUCCGCUUACCUUCACCAAUACGCCGACGAGAAGAUCUCCCGUAAGGAGCAGACCAUUAUCAAGAGCUUUGCCAAGGCUCUCGAGAUUAUCCCCCGUCAGCUGUGCGACAAUGCUGGCUUUGACGCCACCGACAUUCUCAACAGACUUCGCGUCGAGCACCGCCGAGGAAACACAUGGGCUGGUGUGGACUUCCAGAACGAGGGCGUCGCCAACAUGGUCGACCGCUUCGUCUGGGAGCCUGCCAUGGUCAAGAUUAACGCCAUCCAGGCUGCCACCGAGGCCAGCUGUCUCAUUCUCAGCGUCGACGAGACGAUCCGAAACGAAGAGAGCGCCCAGCCCCAAGCUCCCGGUCAGCAGCUCCCCCCCGGCGCUGCUCAGCGUGCGUUGAGAGGCCGCGGUCGCGGUAUGCCCCGCAGGUAAAAUGUGAUAAGCAAUGGCAAAUAAAGUAUAAAAAAAAGUUUAAUGUUCGGCAUGGAUAUACUUGUUAUUAUUUGGAAGACGAACGUAUGCAAGAAGCAAAACGAUGUGAUGUGUCUGGAGGCGUUUGAGGAUCCGUAUGAUGAUACCUAGACUUAAAAAGACCCUCUUAUCCAUAAUCUAAAUCUGGAUUUUAUAAAACAGCCGUGCGCAGUAUCUGUUUUACAGCCUAGAAUGAACGCGGCCUCAUAAAGACAAUCUGUAUUAUUUCACAUGUCGCAUCGCUAUGCUUGAAUUCGUAAUAUAUAGAAGACCACGCUCCACUAUCCGGGACCGUGGUCGAAUGAAACGUCAUAUAACCCUCGAUCUUUACCAUGCAUAUCUUCAUCUCCGUCACUAUCACCCCCAUGCACCAUCUCAUGGUCACCCACUGCGUCAUGUUGAUGCUGCUCAAUAAGCAUCUCCAAGUCUCUCUCCAUUGCUGAGGAAUCUGGUCCACCAGGAACGUCCUCCGUCGCCGUCAACAGUGCCUGGAAAUCUGCAUGGGCAUUGUAACUAUCAAAGUGGUGGUGAGAAGUGUCAAUCAUCUGCGGAUCAAUGGGCUGGUAUACGUGAUGCGAGGUGUUCUGGAGCAUGGAUGGAUGGUGAUGGUGAUGGUGAAGAGGUUGCAUCGAGGAUAUAUCCGAGAGGUUGGCAUACGGCGGUGAAGUGUUGAGCAUGGGGUGGUUUUGUAAGUUGAGAACAGCAGGGGCAGCGGAUGGGAUAGGCACCGGGGCAGCAGUGGCAGGGUCGGGAAGAGAUGGAGGAGGAUGAGUCGUGGGAGCUGCUUGUGUCUGUGGCGAAGGGCCAAGGCGUGUAGGGAGAGGUGUUGGCGUUGGUGCUUUGCCGGUGUCCUUGCACUUGGCGCAUGUCUUGAUGGCAUCGCUGACCGUUUCUUUGAUGCGACUCCAGUGGUACUUUUCUGCUAUGGUGGCAGUUGUUUUAUUGAUGCCUGCGUGAUGCUGCAUAUGUACUUGUCUUGCGAUCUCGUAUUGGCGCUCAGGGUCGGAAAUCACCUCUUUGUCCUUGAGCAUAAGUUUGUCGUUUUCGAGCAGCUUGUAGUGAGUGGCCGCACUACGCAGGCGAGACUUUUCCGCACGGUCCGCGCCAGCAGGAUACUUGCCAAACUUGAGAUAAAACUUGAUCUUGUCGAACCGCUCUUCGCUGACAAGAUCUUCGCUAUCGCCGGGUGCAAGAUCUCUUCCGUAUAUAAUAGCGUCAAUGAGUCGGUCUGGAUGCGACUUAAGGUUCCCGCAGCCCUUGAUGCGGCCGAUGCGCUUAAAGCCCAGCGCGUCCCAAAUCUUACACGAUGCCACGUUGGUCUCAUACACGCAGUUGAAGACACUGUAGGUAUAUCCUAGACGCGGUGCAAAAUCGAUAUACGACUCGCCCAUUAGGCGGCCUACACCGCGGUUUCUCGAGGCGUCUGUGACAAGCAACCCUCCGUUACAGACGUGGCUUGACCGGCCUGGGUAAUUGGGCUUGAUGAAGAAACUGCCGAGACAUUCGCGGGCCCAGUCUUGGCCAGACUCAACAAGGGCAUCUGCACUUUCAAUGUUUCCCAGGAGCAUGACGGCUCCGAAAUUCUGGAACCAGUAGUCGGCGAAGCCAUCCGGAGUAAACGUCUCUAUAAAUGGAUAUGUGUCGCCGCCCUCGAUUUCCUUAUUGAUCUGCGCACAUAGGUAUGUUAAUAGAGACGGUGGUACCUGGUGCCGUGACGGCACGGGGACUAUUGUAGCUAUUGUCUGGCGGUCUCGGAGGGUGACUUGGCGGGGGACAAUGUCCGGCGGCAAGCUUGGGAAUGCCGGGUCCGGGAAUGGAGGAGCGCCGGAGACACGGUAGACGGUGGGGCUUGCCGGGUCGUCGACGGUGGCAGGCAUCUUUAUGUGCCCGGGGCCGGAGAAUAUGAUGGGUUUUGGGGGUGGAAGAA